AUGAUGAGUGGUUGGGGAACAAAACAUGUUUCAAAAUGGGACUCUAAGGAAGACACACAACAUCAUCUUCAUCGUUCUAGCGUAAAUGUGAAACCAGCUUCUUAUUACCGCGACAAAGAGCCGCCCGAGACUGCCUGUUUCAAUGCAGAGAGUAAUGGUAGUAGAAGUAGAGUUGCAGAGAAUAACGAUGACAAUUACUAUUCGGAACCAGAUGAAACUAGGCAACAACCAUAUUUCCACAGGAGUGGAAGUAGUAGCAUUAGCAGAAGUAGAAGCCCUGUCUAUAGAUAUAGAGCAAGGCGAGAUGCAGGAUCUUAUGAUAGACACCAGACCAGCAGGGGUUUCAGUAGGAGCAGCGGUUAUAAUUGUGUUAGAAAGCCAAGGGAGAUGCAAUAUGACUCCGAUGAUUUCAGAGAGCAUGCAGUGAUGAAAGGUGCGAGGUCUUCCGGCUAUGAUACUGAUGGCGUUUCAGAUCCAAGAUUGAGAAGGUAUAGAAGCGAACUAACGGAAGAGAGAGACACACAAAGAAGGUACGGUUAUGGUGAUGGUGAGGCAGGAGAAUUCCGCAGGAGUUCGAAUAUUCCGUGCAAGUUUUUCGCUGGAGGUGCAGGUUUCUGUCGUAAUGGCAACCAUUGCAGGUUUUCUCAUCAUGUUCUUGCUGAUAGAAAUCAGCCUCAAGACAACAACUACUUUUAUGGAGGAGACAGUUACAAUCACAGUGGUCAUAAUAGAUGGAAUGAUGUUGAAAGAUUGGAUAAUGGAAUAUUCGGUGGCAAAGAAGUUUCUCGUGCCAGUAAAGGAGUUCCUGAAGCUAAAGGGAAUGGUAGUAGCUGGAUAGAUGACAUGGAGAUGUCUCCUGAUUGGAACUAUGGAGUCCGAUCUUUAAAGAACCCUGUGAAUGAAGAGCAUGGUGGUGUUGGUCAGAGCUUACAAUCUCGACUUGUUAAAGAUAAUUUGGUGAGUAAUUAUGAUCAGAAGAGUAACGGUAUGUUUUCAUAUGGUGACAAACCAACUGUUGAAGCUGCUUUGCAUCAGAAUUUCAAUAAACCGGCCGCUCCAGUUCAAGCAUUCAAUCAUAAUGUAUUGCAGUACCAAAAUGGAGGAAGUCAACAAGUGCUAGUAGGCUCGAAGUUGAGGGAACCAGAGAGUGGGAAUGUUUAUCAGAAUAGUCAUCAGUUAAUGGUGGAGAAAGCUGUUCCGGUGACAAAUACUGUGCCUAGGGAACAGAUGGAUCAGAUUAGCAACAUGGCAGCAUCUAUAGCGCAGUUUCUUGCAAAGGGACAGUCCAUUCCAAACCUUAGACAGGCAUUGCAGAUGCCCUUGCAUUCGGAAUCUUCCAUGGCUGUUCUAUCAAAUCAGGCUACUACUGCGUUGCGUAUGAUGAGUAGUAGUAAUCCAAAUCAGCUAUGUGGACUUGGGACGAGCACUGGCGCUGAAGGAGUCCCGGUGGUUACUGAGGAAAACGGAGACAAAAAGACUGAAACUAGCAAAGAAGAAGAUGGAAAGAAAAUUGAACAGGACAGGAAAGAUGAGGUCGCAGAUGAAGAUGGGAGUGACGAAGAAAACAAGAAAGGGAAAGACCAGAUGGCGUUUAAGUUUGCGCUUGUUGAGAUUGUUAAGGAGCUUCUGAAGCCAGCUUGGAAAGAUGGUAAAAUGAACAAAGACGGUUACAAAAACAUAGUGAAGAAAGUGGUUGAGAAAGUGACUGGCACAAUGCAAACCGGAAACGUUCCUCAAACACAGGAGGAGAUUGUCCAUUAUCUAUCCUCUUCGAAGCCAAAGCUUACCAAUCUCGUUCAGGCAUAUAUCAGCCAAGUCAAGAAGAACUAA